GUCCUUUUUAAACUAUAAAUACAAAAAAAAUGGAAUCCGAGACUAGUCGUACACUGCGACGUCAUAAGCAGGAAGAAGACACCUGGCGGCGACGUUGUGGCUGUCUCCGGACCAGCGAGAAAUUGAAACAGAUUCUUGAUUCGUUUCCCCCACCCCCACCACCGACACCAGACCAUGCAGAGAAGAAGUCAAUUACCCCUCUAGGAAAUAAUUGUAUAUCCGCAUAUUGCACUCAUGUUCAUCAAACUUGCCCGUCAACUAAAUUGGGGAGAUUGUGCGAAGAAUCAUCAGAAAUUUGCGCAGAGCAAUCAUUAAAAGUAAAUAGUCGUUCGUGGCGAAUUGUGACCGAGCUGGUGCAACUGCUUCAGUUGUCGGUGACCGCGACUGCGCUGGCGUUGUACUACCUAAUUUACUGCUACAUGCAAUUAAUCUAUUACACUUUGAGGAGCGCUUUGUACUUCCAUAAUGCUGAUGGUGCAAUGAAGAUAACAAUAGGCGUUGUUACUAUUACAUCCAUAUUUGUCGCCUUUAACCUGAUAAUAAGACUCGAACGCUUCAUUGGAGUAUUUUAAAGAUAAAUUAAUGCAAUUUUGUA